AUGGACGAUGAGAAGGAACUGACAACACGCACUCCCUCCCCCAACACAGUCUUCGACCAAGCGUUGGCGCGCACACUGCGAGCAAACUCGUACCAAAACUUUGCCAGCUGUUUCCCCACGCCGGCACGACAUGUCCCUGCCAGCCUGGAGAGUGUAUGGCGCCAACUGAACGCGAAGCUAGAGGAGAGCGCCAAGGCAGAAUUUACCGAGAUCCUGACGGAACGAGAGGCGGUUCAACAUCUGAAUGAGCUGGAUCGGUUGGUCGGGGAGGCCAGGGCGCGAAAGGAGAGCGAGGAAGGGAAUGGAGAGGGAGAAGCGACCCGAGUUGCCCCGCACACUCUCGGUGCAGAAGAUCUAUACAAGGCUCACCUGAAGCCCUAUCUACAGGAAGCGCAAGCUACGCUCAACGACAAGCUCGAGGCGACCCACACGCAGAACGCAGAGUUGGCGCAAACGGUGCAGACACAGCGUGUAGAAAUCGAGCAGCUGUUGUCCCAGCUUGAAUCAGUGAUCGGCGACCUGGAGGGCGCAGCUACUGCAGCCACGCAGUUCAGCAAGGAGCAUCACCUUCGGCAGGACGCCGUCCAGAUGGAUGAAGAGGUCAACGCUCGGCCAGACCUUUGA